GAGAUUCAUUUAGAAGGGAACAAGUUCACGGGAUUGUUGCAAGAUUUUCUUCCCAAUUCCUCAAGUAGUCUUUCUGUGUUGAAUCUCAGAGAUAACAACUUGUCUGGCUUCAUUCCUAACCUAAUUGGUAUGUUUCUAAAUCUAAAAAUUCUUUUGUUGGGAAAAAAUCAUUUAAAGGGUUUGAUUCCAGAGACAUUGUGUUUAUUGCAAAAUAUAAGCAUAAUGGAUCUUUCUAGCAACUCAUUCUCUGGAACAAUACCCUCUUGUUUCCAAAAUUUAACCUUUGGGGUCAUGGAGAAUUAUGGUGGUACUCUUGUACAAGUUCAAUUGUUGAUUUUCAAUGAGUUUAUUGAUGAAAAUCACAUAUAUGGAGAUCUCAUAAAGACAAAUUUGGAGCUUCUCAUAUAUGUUGAGGUUGUCGGAUUGAAUGAAAUUUAUCUAGUUGAUAAAAACAGAGGCAACUCUUACAAGGGUAGUAUACUAAAUUUCAUGUCUGCUCUUGACAUGUCCUGCAAUGAUCUGAUUGGAGAAAUCCCACAACAGCUUGGAAAGCUCACACAGCUUCAUGCUUUAAAUUUAUCUCAUAAUCAAUUGAUGGGUCCUAUUCCAGUUACGUUGUCAAAACUAUCCAACAUUGAAAGCUUGGACCUUUGUUGCAACAAUCUGCAAGGAAAUAUCCCUUUAGAGUUGACCAACCUAAACUUUUUAGAGGUCUUCAAUGUAUCAUACAACAACUUAUCCGGUCAAAUUCCCAUGAAAGGACAGUUUUCAACAUUCGAGGAGAGCAGUUAUGAAGGAAACCAGUUUCUUUUUGGGUUGCCAUUGGAGAAAUGUUGCAUCAUUUAUAAUGAGACACCACAUUUAGAAUCAUCACCUUCGGAUGCAACUAAAGGGAAAUGGUAUGAAGUUGACCUUCUUGAUUUUCGUGCAUGUUUUUUCCCAACAUAUGUGGUGUUCUUUCUAUUGAUUGUGUCCCUUCUCUGCAUCAACCCUCAUUGGCUUAAAAGGCCACUUUAUUUCAUAUCAAACAUUAACUACCUUCUAAAUUUGGCAUUCUUCGACAUUCUUAGUCGUUGGUGAAGGUUUUUAAUAAUCUAUCUUAUUACCUAGUUCUUGCAACUUUAUAUACCAUGUAGUUAGUUUAGUCCUUUGGUUGCAACAACAACACUUGGUUAUUGUGUAUUCUUGGGAAUGUGAAUUUGAAGAGGGUGUGUGUUUGAACUUAAAGUUUAAAUUCAAAUGAAGUGUUUGUUUUUAUAUGACAAGAGUGCAUUUCAAUACAGGCAUUUUGAUAUU